AUGGGGAGGAACACACAGCAGUUCAUCUUGCUAACCUUCACCUGUGCAUUUUCCUCCUGCUUUGUUGAAGUGGCCCUGGGGAUCAAACUGUCUCCAGAAACCAUAUCCAUCCACCAUACAGCUACUUCUUCUCACCCACUUUCCCUUUAUCAUUCUUCACCCCAUCAAGGCAUCACAGUUCAUUUUAACACCACAAGCUCUCUUAAAACAACGCCCAUAAGCCAUAGAACAACUCUGCAGACAACAGACCAGCACCAGGUAACAACAGCACCAGGCCAUCAGACGACAGCCCAGGCAGGAGCAACCACCAUACAAGUGACCAGCCAGAAAUCUCCCAUGGUGGUAUUCACAACAUCAGCAGACAACACAACUGCAGCUGGUCAGGCUACAACCCAGGCAAUGGAAACGGUUACCCCUGCGAUGAAGAACACAACCAUACACCCUACCUCCUCAACCAAGCAAGCCAGAACACAUGUGAGCACAGAAAUGACAGCGGCAGCCACAAACACAACUGUAAACCAUACAACGCCAAACACACAAAUGACACCUACUGCCAUAACUACUACAGCCAUCACCAUGCAAACUGUAAAGCUCACCACAGGGUCAGGAAAUCAAACAACAGCGCCUAGAAGUCCAACAGCCAUGAUCAACACAACAACCAUUCAUCCAGGGACUCAAACAACCUUCCCAACUACUAUGAUGACAAUGAGACCCACUCUUGCACCCCAGCCUUCUCCCAUCCCCACUGGCACAUACACCGUUUCCAAUGGGAACAGGACCUGCAUCAAAGCGGUCAUGGGUUUGCAACUGAUGGCUCAAAACAUACAGACGAAGCGGAUGGAGUACAUGGCUGUCAACCCCAAUGCGACACAGACAUCUGGAAGCUGUGGGACGGUGCGGUCUCAGUUGAACCUCACUUUCAGUGGAGGGUUCAUAAACUUCACCUUUGUAAAGCAAGCUCCGAUGUACUACGUCAGUAAAAUUGAGACCAGAUUACAGUUAUCUUCUGAAGGUAUGCUUUACUAUGGAGCCAUACAUGAGAAGCUGUUUACUACAAAGCUGGGGAAUUCCUUUAAGUGUGCCAGCAAGCAAACCUUCGGCUUGGAGAAGAACUUCCAGCUACUCUUUGUUAACAUGCAGCUGCAGGCGUUUGAUAUUGUUGGUAACCAGUUUGGAAAAGAAGAAGAAUGUUUUCCUGAUAAAAACAGCAAAGCAGCUCCCAUUGCGGUGGGCCUGAGUAUUCUGGGAUUGUUUGUCAUUGUGUUUGCCACUUUCCUGCUUUCCAGAAGAAAGCCGCAUAGAGGAUAUGAACGUAUCUGA